AUGGCAUCAACCUCGCUUCGUCCGGCGACGCUGCAACCUCGACUCGACACUUCAGCACAGCGACGGCGCAGACGACGACGGACGACGUGGAAGACUCCUGAUGGCGUCGGUGCAGCCGCUGAAGAAGAGACACAUCCAUCACGGACGCUGAGAAGGUCCCUCCACCUCCUCUCGAUUUUGGCCAGCUAUUCAUUCAGCCGUGCCAGUUGGUCUGAUGACCAGCAGCCAUUCCUUUCGACCUUUCUCUCCUCCUGCGAUGGACUAGCAAAAGGCGAUUCACAUCGAUACCAUCUUUUUUCUUUCCCUCGCCUUUACGCCGAAUAUCAACAGUCGUUCUUUACCCUCACAGCGAUUGACGUCCGCUCUAUUGACGAUCCUCUCAUUACCUGA